GAUUACUUUUUAAAAGUAAAACAAUGAUUUUUCCUGGUGGAGGAAUUUGACAAACGUAGAUAUAUGGACCUCAAGUGUAUUACAAAUGGGCAUCAGAAAAUGAGUAGCCUGGUUGAGAGACUUCGUGUAAGAUCAGAUCGCAAGCCAGUUUAUAAUCUAGAUGACUCAGAUGAUGAAGCUGACUUUUUGCCUGGGAAACCUGGUAGAACUGAGGAAAAUUUUGAGAGGAUAGUUAGAAGUGAUACUAAAGAAAAUUCAUGCCAAGCCUGUGGAGAAAGUGAAGAUCUUCUUAGCUGUGAAACUUGUACUUAUGCUUUCCAUCCUAAGUGUUUGCUUCGACCACUUAAACCUCCACUUCCAGAUAAUUGGAGAUGCCCUGAAUGUGUUAGCCCAUUAAGUGAUAUUGAGAAGAUAUUAGAUUGUGAAAUGCGCCCAACUGUAGCUGGUGAUGGUGAGGCCUCAAAACCGUGUUCAAAGCAAAUUUUUGUUAAACAGUAUCUUGUGAAGUGGAAGGGACUUUCAUAUCUGCACUGCACGUGGGUUUCAGAGAAAGAGUUUCUGAAAGCCUUCAAGUCACAUCCCCGUCUGAAGACCAAAGUGAACAACUUCCACCGUCAAAUGGCAUCUGCAAAUACUACUGAGGAUGACUUUGUUGCCAUUCGACCUGAAUGGACCAUGGUUGAUCGUAUACUUGCUUGCAGGGGUCGUGAUGAUGGGAAGGAGUAUCUUGUGAAAUGGAAAGAGCUUCCAUAUGAUGAAUGUUAUUGGGAGUCUGAGUCUGACAUUUCUGCAUUCCAGCCAGAAAUAGAAAGAUUUACCAAAUUUCAGUCAAGGUCUAGGAGAAGUGCUUCUAGUAAGCAGAAAAGUAGUGGUAAGGAUGGUUCCGAAGAAAAAAAGCAGCUGAAAGAAUUUCAACACUAUGAACAUAGCCCCAGCUUUCUUUCAGGCGGCACCCUACAUCCAUAUCAGCUUGAAGGCUUGAACUUCUUACGUUUCUCCUGGUCUAAGCAAACUCAUGUUAUACUUGCUGAUGAAAUGGGACUAGGCAAAACCAUACAAAGUAUUGCUUUUUUAGCAUCUCUUUUUGAAGAGAGAGUGUUUCCCCAUUUAGUGGUUGCUCCCUUGUCAACUCUCCGAAACUGGGAACGUGAAUUUGCAACAUGGGCACCUCAAAUGAAUGUUGUUAUGUAUGUUGGAUCUGCUCAAGCUCGAGCUGUUAUAAGAGAGUAUGAAUUUUACUUUCCAAAGAAACAGAAGAAGAUCAAGAAAAAGAGACAUGGCAAAAUAGUCAGUGAAAGCAAGCAAGAUAGGAUCAAAUUUGACGUCCUUUUGACAUCAUACGAAAUGAUCAACUUCGACUCUGCAUCGUUGAAACCUAUAAUGUGGGACUGCAUUAUAGUUGAUGAAGGUCACCGACUCAAGAAUAAGGAUUCAAAAUUAUUUUCUUCAUUGAAGCAAUAUUCAAGCAGACAUCGUGUACUUUUGACUGGGACUCCUCUUCAGAACAAUUUGGAUGAACUUUUUAUGCUAAUGCACUUCCUUGAUGCUGGGAAGUUUGGAAGCUUAGAGGAGUUCCAGGAAGAGUUCAAAGAUAUUAAUCAGGAGGAGCAGAUAUCAAGGCUUCACAGAAUGUUGGCUCCACAUCUCCUCCGAAGAGUGAAGAAAGAUGUCAUGAAGGAGCUACCUCCUAAAAAGGAACUUAUUUUAAGAGUUGAGCUAAGCAGCAAACAGAAAGAGUAUUACAAGGCAAUUUUGACGCGUAAUUAUCAAAUAUUAACUCGUCGUGGUGGUGCACAGAUUUCUCUUAUCAAUGUUGUUAUGGAAUUGCGCAAACUAUGUUGUCAUCCUUACAUGUUGGAAGGAGUUGAGCCAGAUAUUGAAGAUCCAAAAGAAUCAUACAAACAGCUGCUAGAGUCAUCAGGGAAGUUGCAAUUGUUGGACAAGAUGAUGGUGAAGCUUAAGGAGCAAGGACAUAGGGUCCUCAUAUACUCACAAUUUCAGCACAUGCUUGACCUGUUAGAAGAUUACUGUUCUUACAAGAAUUGGCACUAUGAAAGGAUAGAUGGCAAGGUUGCUGGAGCUGAAAGACAGAUCAGGAUAGAUCGGUUUAAUGCCAAAAAUUCCUCAAGAUUUUGCUUUCUUCUUUCUACCAGAGCUGGAGGAUUGGGAAUAAACCUAGCAACUGCUGACACAGUUAUUAUUUAUGACAGUGAUUGGAAUCCUCAUGCUGAUCUACAAGCUAUGGCUAGAGCUCACCGACUUGGACAAACUAACAAGGUGUUGAUUUAUAGGCUUAUAACACGAGGAACCAUUGAAGAAAGGAUGAUGCAAAUGACUAAGAAGAAAAUGGUGUUAGAACAUUUGGUUGUUGGAAGGCUAAAGGCUCAAAACAUUAAUCAGGAAGAGUUGGAUGAUAUCAUUAGGUAUGGCUCAAAGGAGUUAUUUGCUGAUGAGAAUGAUGAAGCUGGCAAAUCCCGCCAAAUUCAUUAUGAUGAUGCUUCAAUAGAUAGAUUGUUGGAUCGUGAGCAAGUUGGCGUUGAAGAAGCUGUGUUGGAUGAUGAAGAUGAUGAUGGAUUUCUGAAGGCAUUUAAGGUGGCAAAUUUUGAAUAUAUUGAUGAAGUUGAGGCUGCAGCAGAGGAGGCAAGGAAAAAAGAAAUGGAAAAAAAGAAAACCGUUAACAACUCAGAUAGGGCAAAUUACUGGGAGGAUUUGUUGAGAGACAGAUAUAAAGAGCAUAAAACUGAAGAGUUUAGUUCGUUGGGCAAGGGCAAGCGAAAUCGCAAGCUGAUGGCUUCUGUUGAGGAGGAUGAUCUUGCUGGCCUAGAAGAUGUAAGUUCUGAUGGUGAAGAUGACAACUAUGAGGCAGACCUUACUGAUGGUGAUUCAAAUUCAACUGGAACUACUUCUGGGAGAAGGCCUUACAGAAAGAAAGCCCGUGCAGAUAGUACAGAGCCACUUCCUUUGAUGGAAGGUGAAGGAAAAUCAUUCAGAGUACUUGGUUUCAAUCAAAGCCAGAGGGCUCAAUUUGUGCAAAUUUUGAUGAGGUUUGGAGUUGGUGAUUAUGAUUGGAAGGAGUUUACUCCCCGCUUGAAACAGAAGACAUAUGAAGAAAUCAAAGAUUAUGGAUUCCUUUUCUUGUCUCAUAUCGCUGAAGAUAUAACUGAUUCUCCUACAUUCUCAGACGGUGUUCCAAAGGAAGGACUUAGAAUACAUGAUGUAUUAGUGAGGAUUGCAGUUCUUCUCUUGAUAAGGGACAAGGUGAAGUUUGCAUCAGAGAAGGAUCCUGGAACUUUGCUUUACACAGAUGACAUCUUGUUGCGGUAUCCUGGUUUAAAGGGUGGAAAGAUAUGGAAGGAGGAGCAUGAUAUAGUGUUACUGCGUGCUGUGUUGAAGCAUGGAUAUGGAAGGUGGCAAGCAAUUGUGGAUGAUAAGGAUCUAAAGAUUCAGGAGGUCAUCUGUCAGGAGUUGAAUCUUCCCAUGGUAAAUCUACCAUUACCAGGACAAGUUAGUACCCAGACACAAAAUGGUGCAAAUUCAACAAACGUAGAAGCACUGGCCAACCAAUCUGGGGAAAAUGGUGGGAAUGGUAUGGUAGCUGAUGGUGCACCUGGUUCUGGUGAUGCUAGGAACCAAACACAGCUAUAUCAAGAGUCUUCAAUAUUAUAUCAUUUUAGAGACAUGCAGAGAAGACAGGUUGAGUUUGUAAAAAAGAGGGUUCUUCUGUUGGAAAAGGGCUCUAUGCUGAGUACCAGAAAGAAUACUUCGUCUUUAUCUAAAAAUGAAGAUAUAGUUGAUGCUGGUGACCAAAUGAAGCCAUGA